AUGCACAGUUGCGAGCCCCUGCCCGCUCCGCUGGUGACGCCGCCCGUCUCGGGGCCGGCGCUGCUCAAGCACCUGGGGCGGCUGAUCGUGCGCGCCAGGAGCCCGGCCGCCGACCGUCUGCAGGCGAAGCUGCGCGCCGCCAACCCCUCCACCAGCGAGGUGGUGUCACAGCCAAAUGUGGAGUCAGCUGAGCCCAAGUCGGGCGUGGAGGUCCAACUGGACAGUCACGUGCAGGCGCUCUGGAACGAACAGAUCCCCGUUUGCAUCGAGGUGCUGCUCGCGCCCGAAUGCCAGGAGUGCUGCGCGGCGCUGGGGCGGGCUGAUGACGACAUGGCGUACGACAAGCUGCACGCGCAGCAGAGGGCGUUGCUGCUGGAGCGCUGGACCAUGCGGGCGCUGUUCAACAAGAGCCACGAGGCGCCCGCUUUCUCGUCGUCGCAGUGGCUGCUGAAUGCGAUCCGCUCCCAGCUGCACUUCUCCCAGUUGGCCGCCUGGCUGGCGAGGCUCAAGAAGAGCAAGGCGGGCGAGGAGGACCCCAGCGAGCGGAGGAGGAAACUCAGCCGCGAGACGUGCAACUACAAGAAGCUGGAAGCCAACUGCGACGAGCAGGACCUCCCGACCGAGGAGCGCAAGCUUAAUAUCGUCUACUCCAUCAAGAUCCCGGGCGAGAGCUACAAGAUGGCGGAGUUCAGCCGGCCGCCCACCGACCACCACUUCCCCGUCACCGGCAUCGGCAACAACCUGUACCUGAAGGUGGUGCUCGAGAGCCUGCCGCGCACCGACGACAUACCUUCGGUCAAGUGCACCUGCCAGCCGAAGCGCCGCCCCAGCAAGGAGGCCGCCCCCAGCGUCCACGACGAGCUGGUCGGCAAGCUCAACGAGCUCACGCUCGGCCCCAGGUGCGCCAAGUACCCGGAGCUGGCGAUCAACUCGAACAUCGGCAGCUCCAGCCGCCGCCUCUCCAUCGUUUCGAACCCCGGCUCCACCGAGUACGUGUACACCGCCAAUCCGCCGGAGGAGGGCGAGAUAGUGGACGACAGGAUGCUGACGCCGUGCAGCGAGAGCGGCAAGCACAAGUGCAGCUGCGACGAGGAGUCGGACGGCAGCCACAGGCCCCAGAACGGCGCGGGCGCGCAGGAGCCGAAGAAGCUGGACGAGCGGCGGCUCAAGGAGAUCGCCAAGUACAAGCGGCGGCUGCGCAAGGAGAGCAAGAUGCGCAAGCUCUGCGACAGCACCUCCUCCGAGGGGGAGCAGAAGACCGCGACCUCCAUACCGAUCCUGCAGGCGGCGCGCUUCGACCGGCUGCGGGCCAUCGGCUGCUACCGGAACCAGACGUACCUCACGCUGCCCGCCAGCAGGGUGGAGGGCAGGUCGCCCUUCGCCGACACGGAGAGCAUCCCGCCGGCCGAGCCCCGCAGGAGCCGCUCCGUGGCCACCCAGACGGAGGCGCGCUGCCGCUGCGGCGCCGCGCUGCCGCUCAGCUGCGCCGGCUGCGCCCAGCGGGGCAUGGUGCGCUCGGCGGCCAGCUACGACCUGGCCUCGGCCGCGCCCCACAAGAAGCACAAAUGUGAUAACCCUAGCAGUAAUUCGACGUGUGAUAUAAGUAGUGUAGUUGACAAUAGUGUAAGUGGCGAGGACGGCGCUCUGGUGAAGCGGCCGCGGCUGCGGCGGCUGGCGCCCGCCGACAGGAUCGGGAGGCUGCUCGCGGACAGGCAGGGCCGCAGCGACAUGGACGAGCUGAAGCUGCACGGCGACGACACGGUGUUCUCCACGGCCGCGCCGCGCGAGCCCAAGCGCCAGAAGACCUACUCCGCGGGCGAGGAGUACGUCAUGUACGAGAAGUGCGACUACGGCACCAUCGACCGCUGCGAGGAGUCGCCGCGGGGCGGGUCGCCCUGCGCGGAGGGCGCCGAGGGGGCGGGGGGCGCGGGGGGCGCGGAGGGCGCGGAGGGGGGCGGGUUCCGCUUCCCCGAGCCGAGGGCGGAGAGCCCGGUGCCGUCGAGCAGCGAGGUGGACCGCUUCCGCUGGCGCUUCGAGUCGGCCGCCUCGAUGGUGUUCCACUCGAAGACCGGCCUACCGCUCACCUCCAGCCCGGCGCCGCUGCGCAGGGGCAACAACUGCUUCGACUUCGACGACUCCAUCAACGGCGUCUCGGGCAUCAAGAGCGCUCUGUUCCACCCGCCGGUGAGCUGCGAGCCCCCCACCACGCCGCGCACCCCCACCCCGCCGCCGCGGAGGCCGGAAAAACCAAAGCUACGAGUCGGCCCCAGUACGGGAUUGCUCGGUAGCUUCGAGGAGUCGGCGCUGAAGGGGCGGCUGGAGCCGGUGGCGACGGUGCACGGCUUCACCGCCGAGCUGGGCGCUUCGGGCGCCUUCUGCCCGCCCCACCGCCGGCUGCCCGUCACCGUCUUCUUCUAUGCGCCCGGAGAGACCAACGCGCCCUACAUGGGGCACAUCAACCUGGGCGCGGGCGGCUACCGCGUGCCGCGCGCCGGCACCGUGCAGGUGUCGCUGUUCAACCCGCACGGCACGCUCGUCAAGAUGUUCGUGGUGCUGUACGAGCUGACGCAGAUGCCGCCGCGCGCGCGCACCUUCCUGCGCCAGCGCACGCUCUACGUGCCGGCCCGCGCGCCGCGCGCCCCGCCCCUCCACCACCACAAGUGGCUGCGCUACCUCAUACACCUCAGGUUCAUGACCUCGAAGUCGGGCAAGCUGUACCUGCACACGGACAUCCGCAUCAUCGUGUCGCGCAAGGCGGACCUGGACACGGCCACGGCGCACGCGGCGCUGUUCCGGCCGGAGCCCGAGGAGGGGCGCGCCCCGCCCGCCGCGUGCGGCCCCGCCGACCCGGAGCCCUACGAGCUCCGCAGCUUCACCUACGCCCCCGACAACCCCAAGUACUCGCCCCGC